AAUGUGGUUCUUGAGGGGAGGAGACGACCAAAAACUUAACUCCAAAAACCAAACCCUAGAUUUCUUGCUCCUGAGGAAAUAUUCAUUCUUGGUUGUUUGGAUCCAAGUGUUUUUCUUUCGGGAGACAAUUUCCGUUCUUUCAAGCUGAGAGAUUCGUGUGGAAUUAUAGUUAUUGUGUGAAAAAAAAAAAAAAACAAAAACAAAAACAAAAAACCGAUCUUUGGUUUCUUUUGUAGAGUUGAGAUCUUGAGGUAGAGUCUUGAGCGGAGUCUGAUAUAAGAAAGAGGUAAAGAUGAUGUCCAAAUCGUAUACCAAUCUUUUAGAUCUAGCUUCUGGUAAUUUUCCAGCAAUGGGUCUAACCCGGGAAAAGAAACGGCUGCCGAGGGUAAUGACUGUUCCUGGGGUCAUUUCAGAGUUGGAUGAUGAUCAGGCUAAUAGUGUGAGCUCAGAUGUUCCAUCGUCCGUUAUUCAGGACAGGAUAAUUAUUGUUGCUAAUCAACUACCUGUUAAAGCUAAGCGUAGGCCUGAUAAUAAAGGGUGGAGCUUUAGUUGGGAUGAGGAUUCUUUGUUACUGCAAUUGAAAGAUGGUUUACCUGAUGAUAUGGAGGUUAUAUAUGUGGGUUCUUUGAAAAUUGAUGUUGAUUCCAGCGAACAAGAUGAUGUUUCACAGCUAUUGUUGGAUAGGUUUAAGUGUGUGCCAGCAUUCUUGCCUGCUGAUAUCUUGUUGAAGUUCUAUCAUGGGUUUUGCAAGCAGCAUUUGUGGCCACUUUUCCAUUACAUGCUUCCUUUUUCAGCAAAUCAUGGAGGAAGGUUUGAUAGGUCUCUGUGGGAGGCAUAUGUUGCGGCCAAUAAGAUUUUCUCUCAAAAGGUGAUUGAGGUUUUAAACCCAGACGAUGACUAUGUGUGGAUCCACGACUAUCAUUUGAUGGUGCUGCCUACAUUCCUGAGGAGGCGGUUUAAUAGAUUGAGAAUGGGGUUCUUUUUGCAUAGCCCGUUUCCUUCAUCUGAGAUAUAUAGAACUUUGCCUGUGAGGGAAGAGAUACUGAAGGCACUCUUGAAUUCUGACCUCAUUGGGUUUCACACUUUUGAUUACGCACGGCAUUUUCUCUCUUGCUGUAGUCGAAUGUUAGGUUUAGAAUACCAGUCAAAGAGGGGCUAUAUUGGGUUGGAGUACUAUGGAAGGACGGUUGGAAUAAAGAUCAUGCCUGUUGGUAUUCACAUGGGGCAGAUUGAGUCUGUUCUGAGACUCGCAGAUAAAGAGUGGAGAGUAGGAGAGCUUAAGCAACAGUUUGAAGGGAAGACUGUGUUGCUUGGAGUUGAUGACAUGGACAUCUUUAAAGGUGUCAAUUUGAAGUUGCUUGCAAUGGAACAUAUGCUGAAACAACAUCCCAAGUGGCAGGGAAGAGCAGUUUUGGUACAGAUUGCAAAUCCUGCUAGGGGCAGAGGGAAAGAUCUUGAGGAAAUACAGGCUGAAAUACAGGAAAGCUGCAAGAGAAUUAAUGAGACUUUUGGACGACCAGGCUAUGAACCUGUUGUCUUUAUUGAUAAGCCAGUGUCCCUCAGUGAAAGAAUUGCUUAUUACACCAUAGCCGAGUGCGUAGUGGUUACUGCUGUGAGGGAUGGUAUGAAUCUUACUCCUUAUGAAUACAUAGUGUGCAGGCAAGGGGUCGCUGAGUCAGAAUCUUCUUCAGAAUCUGUCACACCCAAGAAGAGCAUGUUGGUGGUAUCGGAGUUUAUUGGAUGCUCUCCUUCACUCAGUGGUGCAAUUCGGGUGAACCCUUGGAACAUUGAAGCAACUGCUGAGGCAAUGAAUGAGGCUAUCUCAAUGGAUGAUGGUGAAAAGCAGUUGCGCCAUGAGAAGCAUUAUAGGUAUGUCAGUACACAUGAUGUUGCAUACUGGGCUCGGAGCUUCUUCCAAGAUAUGGAAAGGACGUGCAAAGACCAUUUUAGAAGACGUUGUUGGGGAAUUGGGUUGGGUUUUGGUUUCAGAGUUGUUGCACUGGAUCCUAAUUUCAGAAAGUUGUCUACUGAACACAUUGUGUCUAUGUAUCAUAGGUCCAAAAACAGGGCUAUACUAUUAGACUAUGAUGGAACUGUUAUGCCUCAAACAUCCAUCAACAAGACCCCAAGUUCAGAGGUUAUAUCAAUCAUAAAUACACUUUGUGCUGAUGUCAAUAAUACUGUCUUUGUUGUAAGUGGUAGAGGAAGGGAUAGUUUGGGCAAGUGGUUUUCUCCUUGUGAGAAACUUGGAAUUGCAGCUGAACAUGGUUACUUUAUGAGGUGGUCUGCCAAUAAGGACUGGGAAACUUGUGGGCAGAGUGGUGAUUCUGGCUGGAUGGAGAUGGCUAAGCCUGUUAUGAAAUUGUAUACGGAGUCCACUGAUGGCUCUUGUAUUGAAACCAAAGAGAGUGCCUUGGUCUGGCACCAUCGUGAUGCAGACCCAGGUUUUGGAUGUACCCAGGCCAAGGAGAUGUUAGAGCAUCUUGAAAGUGUGCUAGCAAAUGAACCUGUUGCUGUAAAAAGUGGCCAGUUCAUUGUUGAAGUGAAGCCACAGGGAGUCAGUAAAGGUUUGGUGGCAGAAAUGAUCUUCACUUCCAUGGCUGAACGUGGAAAGCAGGCAGAUUUUGUAAUCUGUAUUGGAGAUGAUAGAUCCGAUGAGGACAUGUUUGAGAUUAUUGAAAGUGCAAUUUCUAGUGGUGUGCUCUCCUCUAGUAAAUCUGUUUUUGCCUGCACAGUCGGACAGAAGCCAAGCAAAGCCAAAUACUAUUUGGAUGACACAUCUGAGGUUGUAAACAUGCUUGCGGCUCUUGCUGAAGCUGGAUCUGACGGCUCUCCUUGAAAUCUCUUCCAAUCCUUCAUAAAAUUUUGGCCCCUGUUAUCUGAUUGUAGGUAGUGACCUUUUUCUGCUUGGUUUGGAAGUGACUACUGAAAGGAGAAUACUAUAUAUCUGAUUCAAUGUUGACCAUUAUUAAGGAAUGUCUUCUUGGAGUUUUGCCACGUAAUUGACAAGGAAUCGAUUCUGCAGGAGAAUACUGAGGAACUGGAGCAAUUUUUUGCCAGCUAAGGGGGAAAAGGUUGAAUCCUGGAGAUGGACUUGAAAAUGAAGAAAUGCUUGAAUUAACUCUUGCACUAUGUGCUUCACAAAGGCUACCAAGUGUUCUCUCUGCAAUCAUAAGAUAACAUCACUUAGAUAUGGCAUUCUUUCACUUGCGGUACAAAGGUCUGUGGUGAUAUAAACAUAAGCAGGGAUCAGCUGGUUGGGAAGUCGUCCUGUUGAAUGAACAAAAUUGAAUUGACCAAAAAAAGAAAGAACAAAAUUGCAAUUGCAAAUACGGGUCAUUUUUUUGUCUCAUUUUUUGGAUGAUUUUCGUUUUCCUGGAUCGUUCCCAUUUUCUUUUAUUAAUUGUAAAUUUCAUAGGAAAUUGCAAUUAGUUCUUCUAUUUGGUUGCAAAAUGACCCCAUCAUGUGCAUGUUGGAUAUGGGCCUGGAUGCCUGCAUUGUCUUGUUCAGGAAAAACUUGUUCUAAACUCAAUUGCCAAGUGAGCCAAAGUUUGA